GCUUGUCGUCAUGCCAGUGCUUCCACAGUCUUCAAACGUAGUCUGUCAUGUAACGUCUUUUUUAGCCGCCACGCUCGGGAUACCAUUGUUUAUCUACGAUCAGACGCUGUAUUUUGAUGAUCCAGGCCACAGAAAUGUGGGCUGCCCUGACACGCUGAAGACUGACCUUUCCCUGCCUCCACAGUCCGCCACAAUGGACACAUUUACUCACCAAAGGAGGCGGAUAACUCGCUCCUGCAGUCUUGAGGAGACGGUCAGCAGGAGCACUUUCUACUCUUCCAGCGGAGAUGUGAAGCCACCUGCUUCAUAUAUUCCUCAGUCAAAGGAUCAGAAUGGAAACUUCUCUGAGAAGGAUGUGGAUGGGCAGAAGGCCAAAUCUCUCCAGGAGCUGAACACAGAUGAAGUCUGCCAGUGGUUUACAAGGAUUGGACUGCCGAAAUAUCUCCCUUUCAUCAGAGAGGCAAAACUGUGCGGAGCCAACAUGGCCUCUAUAGACCUGAACAUGUUGGACGUCCUCCACAUUUCCAGCCUGGAGGACAGGGAGAAGCUCCUGUCUGCCAUCUACAGUGAGCUGCACCCUCCCAGCACCAUCACCCGGACACUCGACUCCCUGCUCGAAACCUUGGGGCCAAAUCAUGUCGAGACAUUUACUGCAACAUUAGCGUCGAUGAGCAAGUCCAAGUCGUCGCCUCACGUCAGCUGCCUGAGCUUGAAUCGUCGAUCGCUCAGGAACAACAACCACAACUACGCUGUGCCAAGAAACCCUCAGCUGAUCGAGAUUACCAUCAACGCAUCAGAGAGGAUCGUUCACCUCCGAACCCCGACCGAGACAACGGUGGCUAAAGUGAUGGAUUCCUGCCUGAAGAUGCUUGGAAUGACGGAAGACCGGACUUUGUUUUCACUCAGACUGCACAAAGAUGCAGCGGCCGAGCUCUCACAAGAUCAGCAGAUUGGGAGUCUUCUCAGUGCCCCAUCAGACAUCACCCAGUUGGAGCUGCACUUGUGUAAAAUGGAGAAAGCAUCAAGUAACACGGCACCAAAAAGACCACAGGCCGACACGUCCAACGAGAACAUAAACAUCCAGCCGGCGAAGGAGGAGAGAAUCAGGGAGCUGAACCAACAGGUGGACUCCUUACAGAACGUCAUCCUUCAGGUCCAGGAGCUCCACCUCAGUCUGGUCGCGUUCUGUUCGGAGAUAAAGAACAUGGACGUUGACGUGAAUGUGGAGAAGCUGAGCGCUGAUGAGCUGAAGCACAAACUAGAGGCGUUGAAAAGUCGACUGAGUGAGAAGAGGAGGAUGAUGCUGAGUCUGCGUGACAACACCAACAACUCCAACAGCCACAAAGAGAAGCAGAUGGACGUGCGGCUUUUGGAGAAGAUGAAGAUGAACUGUCAGGUGUUUAAAGAGGAAAUCACAAUGGUUCAUCUCAACCGGCAGAUAGCUCACCUCCAAACUGCUCUGCAAGAGAACUCCAUCAAGGAAAAGGCUCCAAAAAAGACUCCUGCAAUUGGAAGUCUGAGCCAGCUGGUGUCGCCGCAGUCCCCUGCCAUGAUGUUUGUCGUUGAGGAGAGACGAGGACCGGACGGCUGCUAUGGCUUCACCUGCCGGUACACUGAAGGCAGCGGGCUGGUGGUGGUCAAGGCGGAGGAAUCCCACUUGUGUGUCGACGACAGGCUUGUGGAAGUUAAUGGUGUCCAGGUGAUCAACUCAACAGAGGAAGACCUCAACAAGCUUCUCCAAGUACCCACUGCCCAGAUUGUCGUCCUUCGCCAACCCCCGCCGCCCAUGACCCUCCGGCUGCACCCAGCUCUCCGGCAUCAUCUGACUGAUCCAUUGCAGAAGCAACGCCCUGAGAGAGAUGAAAUCGCCACGGAAACACCAUCACAAAGGAAACUGAUGGCCAUUUGAGGACAGUGACAGUAGUCUCUGAGUCAGAACAAGCGAAUUCUCCUUCUCCCCCAACAGGGGUUGGGACAGCGAGUCAUCCUUAUUCUACUUACUUCAUCUCAAUCCUCCUCCAUAUUAGCUGCCAUGAACUUCAUGACUUCAUUCAUCCAUGAGCCAUUCAUGGUCCAAACAGGCUCCUCCUCAUGUGUCCAAACCAUCUGCGCCCCCCUAACUUUGCCUCCAAACUUCUCCACUUGUUCUGAGUAUCUGAACCAUUCCGUUUAUCAUGGCAGGGAUCACUACCAUCAUUAGUUGACAGAAGGAUAACUGUCUGGUCUUGCAAUAUCGGGGUCCGAAUGCAAAGCCCCCCAGAACUGUUUUGGUAGGCCAGGGCCAGACAUCCCGCAAAGAUUUCAACUCAAGUCUUACUUGAGCUGCCCAUAAACCAAACCAGCUGCAUGCAAAGUCGUACAUGCCAAUGGGGAUUUUUCUGUUCUCCUAUCCAAGAAGGACACUCUUAUCCCUGUAGAGAUCUUCUCAAGACCAACUGCCUACCCACAGAGCAGCUUCUGCCAACACCACUAGGAGGCACUGCAACAACCAGAAACUUAGAAUAUCAAGAUCUUAAGUAAGAAUAAGAUGCAUCAUUGUUAAAAAUGAGCAACGCUAUUAAUCUAACCAAUGACUCAGGACAUUCAGUCAUGCUUCAUCUUCCCGCAACACUUGAGUUUGCCCAAUAGGCAGCACACUCCAUUGACAAACUCCAUUUGGUUGGACCAAAGAAAAGGAAAGCAGUAAAGAAAAUUUGCUUACUUUGUUUGCUGUUAACAAGUUUGUACCAUACCAUAAUCCUAAUUUAGCACCCAAAGUUCAUGGUGAACCUGACACUUGGAGGUUUCAGACUUAAUAUCAAGAUUGUUGCAUGCUGUAUGACACUUCCAUUUAAAUCUUACGCUACUUUUAUUUUCCAGCGUGAGGCAUGGAAGGUUGGGUUUGUUGCUGAUGAGAUUGUUUCACAGAAAAUUUUCAGUCCCUCCAAGAAAUUGCAAUUUUUAAUCACUAUAAUUUUGUCCAGUCACUGAAACAUACACACAAAUUCCACCAAUCUCUUAAGUCUCCUAUCGCCUACUCCUCUAUAUCUAUCUUCAUAUUCAUUAACACAAACAAUUUGCCCACAAAAUAUUGCUGCCACGGAUCACGAUUCAAACAUGAACGAUUCGGAGUCGAUUCAUAAAUGUCCAAGUAUUUAAUGUUAUUAUAGACAGGACUGAACAGCAAAACUCUCUAGUGGAGUGCGCUGUCACCCAAACACUAUACAGGGCAGACGUAAACAAACAUGGCUGACCGCGAGAACGCUAUUUCUGACAGUCUACAUCCCAACCCUGUGUAACAUGCUAUAUCACUGGUUGUAAUUCGCUGUACUGGUGAGCCGCUGAACAACUCACACAAACACAAACAUUCCCCUCCAAUACAUUCCUAUUAUAUAUAGUUAUUUUUUUGUAUUCACAUUUAUUAAUCUAUUUAUUUAUUGUGUGAGCGUUGUUCUUUGCAUCUGAAAUACUUUUUGCAAAUAAAGGAUAUUUGGUUAAAACCUUUGCAGCCUGGUUGUUGUUUUUUUUUAGCCUGAAAAGUGUCUCCAUUAUUUCCCAUCAUGUUGUUCCACCUAAAUGACCUUUCACCACAUUUUUUUUUAGAACAUCUGUCAAAAGUCAUGCAUUUUUUGUCCAUAAAAAUGUCCACAAAAUCUUGGAGCUAUUGAAAUAUGGAGGAAUGAACUGAAUCAUGAAGUGGUCAAGCUUCAUGUCAGCAGUUUUUGGAUUGUAUACGGUGUGAGGUGGUUUGUCAUUAUGUUUACACUAUGUGUGUCCUUGACUAUGUAUCAGAAUUAUACCUGUAUUUUGUGUGGGAGAGUUGGAUGUCAAUAAAAAUAUCAAUUUAUUUUGAUUGUAAUGGACUGGGAAUCUAUUG